GCCUCACAAGUGAGGCAGUUUUCCGCGGGCCAUUUUUCUGGCGGGCCAUAUGAACUGCACAUUGACCUUCAGUCUUUGUGCAGCCAGCUCGGCGGCCGGCAUCUCCUCGUGGCUCUUGUUCGUCAUGCUACCCCACUAUUUGUUCGCCAUUGUGAUGGUCAUGACUCUGAUGACGUCCUUCGCGGGAUUGUACAUCCCUUUCCGGUGUACCAGGCAGAGAUUUUGGCUCAUCAUGCCAACGACGAACCUCAUUUGGUCCACUCUGCUCUCCAUGCUGGUGAAUGGCAUCAUCAUUUUCAUCGACCAGUCCUUUGAAGAGCAGGUCUAUGACAUGGCAGAAAUCCUGGACCACUUGGUGCGCAUUGUGGUUGCGAUGGCUGGCUUAGCUAUGGGCAUCAGCAUGCAGUUCUUCCUCGUCCACUACUUGUACAUCCACGAGGCUGCUGAGCUGAGGAGAUGGAAGCGUUUAGUCUGGCGCAAGGUCGUGGGUGCUCCAUCCGCACAGCUCGUGCUUUGUGAUGACCUGGCCGUGUGUCCCGGGGAGUGCGCGAUUUGCCUGGAGGAGCUGGUGGACCUGCCGGACGAAUUGGCAGUGAGCCCGAAGGCAGGCUCAAAGGUGGCCAUUGCGGGCCUGCUACAGCUUCCCUGCGGCCACACGUUCCAUGGCCAUUGCGCUGAGCGGUGGAUGUCACGAGAGGUGACCUGUCCCAUGUGCAGAAAGCCCAUUGGUGGCAUGCAGCACUGCCAUCGGAUUUGUCUCAGAGAGCCUCGAGGCGAGCGCACUCCAAGCACUCCAUCGGACAUGACCUUGGAGGAGGACAGCGUUUCGCGGGAAGACCGGCUGAAUCCCCUUGAGCAAGUUGUGGGUCGCUGUCUCGAUGCCCAAGCUCAGGAGAUAGCCUCCCCGACUCAAAGAGUGGAGGUCUAGAGCGGAAACUGUGAGCAACGGGGAGCCGCAUGAGCGCAAAACUGUCAACCUGACUUGGGUAUGGGUCAAAAAUCAAACCACCAGGGGA